AUGACAGCAGGUGGUGGGACAAAAGGCAACGCUCUGCAAGCAAAGGCACGCAAGGGAGAUUGUGAGGCAGUGUCGUAUCUCCUUGACCUAGGAGCCGAUAUCGACAACCUUAGUGGGGAUUUUGGAACUCCAAUGAUGGCUGCUGCAUCAAACGGCAAGCUCGAAAUGAUUCACUUCUUAAUUGAGAGGGGAGCUGAUAUCAUGAAAAAAGAUGACAGCAAUAAUGGAAGUGGGGGGUCAGCAAUAGACGUAGCAGCAGCAAAUUGCCAUGAAACGGUGGUUCAAGCGCUGUUGGACAAAGGGGCU